AUGGUCAACCAUGCGGAAAGCAAUAAAGAGCAUGUCAAUGCCAAGAUUGAUUUCCUUACAUUGGCGUCAACUGAAUGGACCCACAUUGGUAAAUUUGCUGAUCUAUUAUUGUAUGCAGAUAUUGCCCAGCAGGCCUUUUCAUCAGAAUCAACUACUACACUACAUCUCGCUAUCCCUGCACUUGAGACUCUCCAUCAAGCUUGGUCUUCAUGUGCAGAAUGGCCAAAAUAUUCACAUUUCACACCAGCAUUGCAUGCCACUGCACAAAAGCUCAAUGAGUAUUAUGAGAAGACCACUGACUCUCCGGCCUAUGUCAUGUCUAUGUUGCUUGAUCCGACAGGUAAAAUGUUGUACUUCAAGAAGAACUGGCCCAAGGAUUUGCAAGAUGAAGUUCUUGCUUGUGCAGAACAAGUGUUUGAGGCUCGCUAUCUUGAAUUGGGCCAGGCAGCAUCCAUGUCGCAACCUUCACUCGUCAAGAAAGGCAAGGCUAGCAGAUUCAAGAAGUUAAUUUGCAAGGUGCAGAGCUCUGAUGAAGAUGACAAUGAUGAGACUGUUGUCACUCAUAUGGAUCCAUCUAGACCAUGGUAUGCCGUCUUUAAAAGCUAUGUUGAUGCUGUAGAGAUGAAACCUCUACUAGGAAUGAGCAUAAUUAAAUGGUGGGGUAUAUGGCCCAGUAUGUUACAGUAA